CGGCGGUGGGCCGGCGGCGCCAGGUGGAGAGGAAUUCAGGUACUCCGUUGACUGGCACUGACUGCCACCAUGGGGGGGCUGUUCCGGAGCGAGGAGAUGACGCUGGCCCAGCUCUUCCUCCAGUCAGAAGCGGCUUACUGCUGCGUCAGUGAACUGGGAGAACUUGGAAAAGUUCAGUUCCGUGAUCUAAAUCCAGAUGUGAAUGUUUUCCAGCGGAAAUUUGUGAAUGAAGUUAGAAGAUGUGAAGAAAUGGAUCGAAAGCUUCGGUUUGUCGAGAAAGAAAUACGGAAAGCUAACAUUCCAAUUAUGGACACUGGUGAAAACCCAGAAGUGCCCUUCCCCCGGGAUAUGAUUGACCUCGAGGCCAAUUUUGAGAAGAUUGAAAAUGAGCUGAAGGAAAUUAACACAAACCAGGAAGCUCUGAAGAGAAACUUCCUGGAACUGACUGAAUUAAAAUUUAUACUUCGCAAAACUCAGCAGUUUUUCGAUGAGAUGGCGGAUCCAGACCUGUUAGAAGAGUCCUCAUCCCUCUUGGAGCCAAGUGAGCUGGGCAGAGGCACACCUCUGAGACUUGGCUUCGUGGCCGGGGUGAUCAACCGGGAGCGCAUCCCCACUUUUGAGCGCAUGCUAUGGCGGGUGUGCCGGGGCAACGUGUUCCUGCGCCAGGCUGAAAUCGAGAGCCCUCUGGAGGACCCCGUGACUGGUGACUACGUGCACAAGUCUGUGUUUAUCAUUUUCUUUCAAGGCGAUCAACUGAAAAACCGAGUCAAGAAAAUCUGCGAAGGGUUCCGAGCCUCACUCUACCCCUGUCCUGAGACGCCGCAGGAGAGGAAGGAAAUGGCUUCGGGAGUGAACACCAGGAUUGAUGAUCUCCAAAUGGUCCUGAACCAAACGGAGGAUCACCGCCAGAGGGUUCUGCAGGCUGCUGCUAAGAACGUCCGGGUCUGGUUCAUCAAGGUCCGGAAGAUGAAGGCCAUCUACCACACUCUGAACCUGUGCAACAUCGACGUGACCCAGAAGUGCCUGAUCGCGGAAGUGUGGUGCCCUGUUACCGACCUGGACUCCAUCCAGUUUGCACUGAGAAGGGGCACGAGUAGGGAGAGGAAUGUGGUCUUUGGGGGUGUUCACUGUUCCCGUUUUCUCUACUUGUCUUUCUCCUUCCUGCGUUUCUUCACAGCCCCGUACACCAUCAUCACGUUCCCCUUCCUGUUUGCUGUGAUGUUUGGAGACUUUGGCCAUGGCAUCCUGAUGACCCUCUUUGCCAUGUGGAUGGUUUUGAGGGAGAGCCGGAUUCUCUCUCAGAAGAACGAGAACGAGAUGUUCAGCACUGUGUUCAGUGGCCGCUACAUCAUCCUGCUGAUGGGCGUGUUCUCCAUCUACACUGGCCUCAUCUACAACGACUGCUUUUCCAAGUCCCUUAAUAUCUUUGGGUCAUCCUGGAGCGUCCGGCCGAUGUUCACGAAAUCUAAUUGGACGGAGGAGACACUUCGUGGAAGCUCUGUCCUUCAGCUGAAUCCAGCGAUCCCUGGAGUAUUUGGUGGGCCAUACCCUUUUGGCAUCGAUCCAAUUUGGAACAUUGCUACCAAUAAACUGACCUUCCUCAACUCCUUCAAGAUGAAGAUGUCUGUCAUCCUUGGUAUUUUCCAUAUGAUGUUUGGAGUCACCCUGAGCCUCUUCAAUCACGUCUACUUCAAGAAGCCCCUGAAUAUCUACUUUGGUUUCAUUCCUGAAAUAAUCUUCAUCACCUCCUUGUUUGGCUACUUGGUCAUCCUCAUUUUCUACAAAUGGACAGCCUACGAUGCUCACACCUCUGAGAAGGCCCCAAGUCUCCUGAUCCACUUCAUUAAUAUGAAACUGUGGGGUGGGGUGGGAGGGGCUGUGCUGCGUGGACUUUGGUGUGUUUCCUCUGCUCAGAAAGGACUGCAGUGCUUCCUGGUGGUGACCGCGCUCCUGUGUGUGCCGUGGAUGCUGGUGUCUAAGCCACUGGUCCUUCGCCAUCAGUACUUGAGGAGGAAGCAUUUGGAAGGGCAACCCGUGGAGGCCCCAGUCCGUCCAACCCUGAGCCAGCAGGGACUAGAGGCAGCAGCGGCUGCAGCAGGAACUCUCAACUUUGGUGGGAUCAGGGUGGGCAACGGACCGACAGAGGAGGAUGCUGAGAUUAUUCAGCAUGACCAGCUCUCCACCCACUCAGAGGACACGGAAGAGCCUGCCGAGGACGAAGGGUUUGACUUUGGGGACACCAUGGUCCACCAGGCCAUCCACACAAUCGAGUACUGCCUGGGUUGCAUCUCCAACACUGCCUCCUACCUGCGGCUCUGGGCCCUCAGCCUGGCCCACGCACAGCUGUCCGAGGUGCUGUGGACCAUGGUGAUCCACAUGGGCCUGAGUGUGAAGAGCCUGGCCGGGGGGCUGGCUCUCUUCUUCAUCUUCACUGCCUUUGCCACCCUGACUGUGGCCAUCCUCCUGAUUAUGGAGGGUCUGUCGGCGUUCCUGCAUGCACUGCGGCUCCACUGGGUGGAGUUCCAGAACAAGUUCUACAGUGGGACCGGCUUCAAGUUCCUGCCCUUCUCCUUCGAGCACAUCCGAGACGGGAGGCUUGAGGAAUGAGCCAUGCCGUCAGCCAUGCUCCUGCCACCUGUGUUUGCGUCAGCCCUGCCAUCCUCCCUGCGAGGGAAGCCCGCCACCCCCAGAGAAGCUGGACAACAGCCCUUCCGGCCCUGCUAGACAGGCCCCAGUUGGUGCAUUCUCACUAGGGGAGCCCCCUAGGCCAGAGUGCGUGUGAACCAGGAACUCAGCUAGACCCCUAAGACCCCAGGCUUCCCUCCCCUCCUCAGUGCCCGCCUCUCGGGAGAGUCGCCCAGAGCAGGUCCUGGCUGGCUCUGUAGUGCACAGGCCCCCUCCCUUUGCUUCCCACAGGCCUGGCUCCCAGCCUUCCUGGUGGGAACCCUGAGACCCCACCCCCAAUCAUGGAUGCCGUCCUCCAGAGAGGGAGUAAGGGCUCCCGUCGUCAGGGGACUGUCUGCAGCCCGCCUACCCUCCAGCCCCCACCCAGUGUGCACAGACAUGGUAGCCUGCCCCAUGCCCACAGUGACUGCUGCCCCCCUGCCCUGUAAUCAUGUGUCAGCAGAAGCCCCGGCUGCUCUGAGGAGAUUGGAGCCCACCACCUCAGUGACAGGUAGCCUCCCGCCCCUCGCUGCCCACUUGGCAGAGCAGCCCUGCCCAGCGCUGUGACCUGACCCAGCCCUUGUGCAGUGUGAUGAUUCCCCCACCGCCCUGUGGCUCUCUCCAUCCGGGGCCCUGCCCUCGGCCCUCUGUGCAGACAGUCUUGCCGAAUAAAAUGUGUUUGACUCCA